GCCGUGGCCGCCGCCCGCCAGCGCGCCAACGGCCUCUUCGGCGAGGGGCGGCUCGCGGAGGCCGAGGCGGCGUACUCGGCGGCCAUGGCCGAGGCGCCCUGCGCCGACGCCGUGCUCCACUGCAACAGGUCGGUGGCCCGCCUGAAGCUCGGCGACGCCGGGG